UAUGAAUGAACGCACCGCGCGAGUUAAUUCUGCGGUAGCAGGGCUCGCGCUGCCUCCUCGAGUACCGGUGUCGGCUUGAGGCUCUCUGAUUGGCUAUCUCACAGCAUGCCCAGGUGCUGACAAGAGGAUGGAAUCAGCAGCUGGAUCUCACCGCGUUGCAUGACAGGGACACCAAGAACAAGGUGCGCCUGGCUAUCUUUCCAGUUUUAUGCUACCCAGAUAUUUUUUUGAAAUUGGCAGGAGAAUCAUCAACACAAGGAGAACAAUUAUACGUAAAGUCUCACCUCAGCGGGUCUGCGCCCUCUCACUGUAAUCCAAACCUCGUGACUCUUCUACGGUCCCUGCUGCAACCGCUGCGUAGGGAAAAUAACCCGAAGGCAAGGCAGUCAAAGUAUCUGAGAGACAUAUGUGGAGGAAGUUUACCCUUGUACACGUAUCUGAACGCAUCCUCCCACGUUGUGUGUCUGGGAGAGCGCUCUGUUUGGAGUCUGUAGCUGGCAGUCAUCCGGCGCCCAUUGAUCUCGUGGUUGUCCCUGCCCCGGCCUCCCGAGUGCCCCCCUGCAGCAGUACUCCGUGGCGUUGGCAAGGCCAGGAGAGAUGGGGCGCAAGCUGGACCUGUCGGGCUUGACGGACAAUGAGGCAGAGCACGUGCUGAAGGUGGUGCAGAGGGACAUGAAGCUGAGGAAGAAGGAGGAGGACAGGCUCAGUGAGAUGAAGCAGGAGCUGGCGGAGGAAGGCAGCAGAUGCUCCGUCCUCUCCAAGCAGCCCCGCUUCAACGAGCGCUGCUGCAUCCGCUGCUGUUCUCCCUUCACCUUCCUGGUCAACCCCAAGCGCCCGUGUCUGGACUGCCAGUACAACGUCUGCAAGUCCUGCCGCACCUACAGCAAGCUGGAGAAAGCCUGGCUCUGCGCCGCUUGCCAGAAGACCAGGAUAUUGAGGACCCAGUCUCUGGAAUGGUAUUAUAACAACUUGAAGAGCCGCUUCAAGAGGUUCGGCAGUGCCAAGGUUCUGAAGACGCUCUACAGGAAUCACAUAGUGGAGAGAGGAGGCAAUUCAGAUCUACCAGAAAGCAGUGUUCACGACGGAAGCAAUGGCAACGAUGGCAGCGUGUGUGGCAGUGACUCCACCUUCUACAGGCAGAGUGAAGGACACAGCAUGGCAGAGACCCUCACUGUUGCCCUGCGUGUUGCUGAGGAGGCCAUAGAGGAAGCCAUCGCCAAGGCAGAGGAAUUUACUGACAGCUUGGAGAAGCAGAAUGAGGCUCGCUACCUACGGGACCACAAAGAGGAGCUUAUAGAGGAACUUGCCACGACCAUCGUACAAAAAGUACGUCUAGAGUCUGGUGUGGAGUUUUCGGUCACAUCUAACAUUGCCCUCUCUCUCUCGCUCUUGCUCCGCUCCUCUCCUUUCCUCUCCCAGAUCAUCCAGAGGAGGAAGCGUUCAGAGAUGCAGACAGAGUAUGACUUUGUUUGGCCCCAGAGCCAGGGCCAGCCCCAGGGCAGUGAGAUGUCCUCCACCAGCCAGCCCCCUCACAGCACCCUGGCCCAGGCCAACCAGGCCCACCUCAAGAGUUCCUAUUCCCUCUGGAGGUCGCGGUCUGCGUUCUCCCUGACCAGUGACGAUUCUCCAGAGAAGAACACCGAGGCACUAGUAGGGGCGGGGGGAGGUGAAGGGGUACAGGACUACGCCUCUCUGAAGAAGGAGACCGCUAGGGCCUCCUCACUGCCCAGCUGGAAGAGUGUGGACCGCCUGGACAACUCCAGUGCGUCCUCGGUGCUGCAGAGCCCGGACGGUAACUGGAUCGCUCUGCAGAGCUCUCAGCACUCCCGUCCCAGCCUGCUGACCAAGAGAAAGUCUCUGGUGUUCAGCGUCCUGGAGAAGGAGUCCGAUGUGGUCUCGGCCUACGACGAGAUGGGCCCCGAAUCCGACCAGGAGGACGACAAGGGGGGCUGGGGGGCCGCACUCCGCCAGUUCCAAGGGAAACUCUCCGACGAGACGUACUACACGGACUCUCAGCACGACCCUGAGUGGACGUACACACCGGUCCACCUCCCGGUCACCUCGCCCUCCUCGGGCCAGUACACCAACACAGAGACCCUCAACUCUGACUCAGAGUGUUCCUCUGUACCCCCCACCCGACCCGGCAAACCCCUCCAGAACGUAAUGAAGAAGACAGGCCCUAACCAGGACCCGUAUCUUCAUCCCCAGCAAGCUCAGUACCACCAUCAUCAGCAUCAACACCAGAACCUCCCUUUGUACUCGCUCCACCCGGAGGCGCUGGAUGUGAACUUUAACCCCAAGGUGACGGGGGACAGUGGGCAAAGCAACCACGUCAGGAGGUCGCGGAGACGCAGGAAGAGCAAGAGGGAGCUGGCGGGGAACCAGGCCCACGCACAGACACACACACAACCCCUUUAUUCGUCAUCUGCACAGGAGAACAGUUUCCUGCUGAACGCCCUGCUGAAGAGUGGCAUGAGUGAGGAGAUGCCUGGGCCUGACGUGGGGCCCGUGCCCGAGAUCUCCUCUGCGGUCAUGACCCCCGAGCCCAAGAACCAGGACACUGUGGCCCCUAACUCUGCGGCCCCCAGCUCCCCUAACUGCAUGGCCCCUGCCCCUGGCCCCCUGUCCCCCAGCAGCUCUGGGCCCGGCUCGGGAGACACACUGGAGCAGGAGCUCUACUCCAAACUGGGCCAGCUGGUUGGACGAGCCAGCAGCGAGGAAGCAGCGAGCUCGUCCGAGGAUGAGCCAAUCAAAAGUCCCGUAAAGAGAGACAGAGAAAGUGACAGACAGAAAGAGAAGCUGAGGCAGAUUGAGAGAGAGCGAGAUCCCCAGGGACAAAGUGAGAGACAGAGCAGUAAAAGUAGGGAUAGGACGAAGCGAGAGACGUCGGAGUCAGUGAACGGGCUGGAACUGAAAAAGAGAGAGCGACUAAGGGAAAGUCUGACAUUGAGACAGGAGGAGAGAGUGAAGGAGAGGAGGUUGGAGAGAGGAGGAAAGAGUUUGGAAGAGAAAGUAGAUGGCAGGGAAAAUAAGACAGUGGAGAAGAACAGGCAAAGUAAGAGACUACAGAGAAAAGAGGUGGACAGAGAGACCGAAAGAAAGGGGGAAGAAGUGGAAGACCGAAACCAAAAGACAGGAUCCACCCCCUCCUCGCCUGCAAUUACCCCAUCUAUCCAGGAAGGGGUGCUGUGUGACGGACAGAAGUACUCGGCCGCAUCGCUAUGCAGUAUCACCACAGAGGUACUGAAGGUGCUCAACGCCACAGAGGAACUGAUUGGUGAGGCGGGGGGCGAUAGUGUCACCCCCUCUGAGUGCAUGAGCGCGUCUGAGUCCUUCCUCAGCAACUUAGAGACCAGGAAGCUGGACCAGAAACUCACCAAGAUGGAGGAAAACGUGUACAUGGCUGCGGGGGCGGUGUAUGGCCUGGAGGGGGCACUGGGGGACCUGGAGAAGGUGGCCCGAGGCAUCAGCAGUGGCACCUCAGACAGAGACCUGGCCUUCCUGGAGGACCAGGUGGCCACUGCUGCCGCCCAGGUGCAGCAGUCUGAGCUCCAGGUAUCAGACAUCGAGGAGAGGAUAUUAUCUCUAAAAACAGCUGGACUGAAUGUCACCGCCUGCAAUCGUUUCUCCAACUUCUCCAAGCCAAAACCUACGCCUCAAACCCUUGACACAUCACGCCAACAGAGGAGAAAACUACCUGCCCCUCCGGUCAAAGAUAAGGAGCCUGAGCAGCAGGUAACAGCACUUCAUCCGUAGCUACAGACAGAAAGCACAAAGAGUCCCUCAGGGGCCCCGCGCGGUCUCUCCACUCCAGUGCCUUGAUCCAGCGUCUGCCUUGGGCUAUGCAGGGGCCAACACCUGCCCUGUGCACCCCACCCAGCGCUCUCCUCAGCCAGGCACGGCCCCAUCCAGUCACCCCCUGAAUAUCUCCAGACCCCCUUCCCUGCCUCCCCCAGCCCAGGACUGACUCAUUCAACCCCUGUCCCAACCUACUCCAUCAGCCCCCUGGGCCUCAUUCACUGUAAUUACCACACCACAACGCUCACAACAGGGUGGAUUGAUAGACGACGUGUCUCUGCCUUAAAAUCAGCGAACGAACACUCCUCGCCGAGACAACUCACUGUCCUACUGUCAAAAGAAGACCUAACUUCAAAGUCCUUGUACAGAAAAUAAGAAAACCUCUGUCAGUCUUUCUUUCUUCUUCUAACUGUUUGCAAGGGUGUUGUAGGUGUUUGAAGAUGUGAAAAACCAUGUGAAAACGUCUGUGAUGAAUGUCCCAAAAGAGGCUGAACCAUGUUUUAUAUUACGUUGUCGUUUCUCUCACUGAUGAAAUGUCAUGAUGAAUUGCCGAGCACCUACAGAACCUGUUCAAUGUUGUUGUUGUAUUAUCAUUUCUGUGUACAGACUCAAAACGUAAUCCUUUUCCUUGAACUAGCAGAUACCAAUCCUCAUUCACGACGCUCUGGUCUGACGCGUUUUUUCGAAUUUUCGAUGAGAGGUUCCACUUUAAGAAACAUCUGGCGUCCUCUCCUGUUUCUUUAAUGAAUCAUUGACAUGAAGUGUAACCAGAUAAACACACCUCAAUCUUUUCACAGUGGCGAUUUUGAGACGGGCUCGUUACUCUAGCGCGUAAGUUACCGUGUUUAGAGAAAGAUUCACUACACUCGGCCCACACAAUGACAGUUUAUGUAAUGUCUGUUUUGUAAGGCCAAAAUAACCUAUUUAGUUACAUGAACAAAUAAAGAAACGUUUAUCACACAAAUGGUCUACCUAUUAUAUAAAGUAUAUGUAAAGCAUUUAGGAACCGAAAGAAGCCCGACAUUAGAAUAAAUGGACACGUUUCUUAACCAAACAAAAACAUCUCUGUAUGACAACUUUACCGUUCUUCUUUUUUUGGAAUGAAUAUGCUUCAUUCUACAGCUAGGAGGACUCCUGAUAUCUCCAGGAGUAAUACAUCACAUGUGUGUCUUUAUCUGUUGUCUAGUACUGUCUUUUUGCUAGCUAGGGCCAUCUACUUGAUAUCUGUCUUCCCAGUAGCAUACUUGGGUGUGUGAACUGCUGACUGUUCAUAACUUGCAGAUGAUGGUUGACACAUUAACUAGGAUUAAAGGACAGGGCAAUUUGUGCGUGAACUAAUACUCACACUUGGAUUUCUUUUCCUACUAGCACUGACAUUGCUGAUAGCUACUUUAUUGAGGAAAAAUACAUGUACUAUGACUGAGAUAUUUGGCUGUCCCAACUAGCUAUCUGAAGAUCAAUGCACUUAACUGUAGGUGUCUCUGGAUAAGAGCGUCUGCUAGAUGACAACAACGUCAAAUGGCUUUUUUUGCUUGUUAUUUUUAUGUUUCAUUUGUUUCCGCUUUGUGGCCUUUAUUUGGCAUACAUUUUGAUUUCUCUCCUGUGCUCUAUGGCUCCAAUAAUUCAUUGUGCGUUGUGUUAAAUAUCUUGUAAAGAUUUAUACAUAAUGAAGUCUACUGGGCUUUAUGACAAAAUGCCAUGAAAAGCAUGAUUUUAUUUUUGUACUUUUGAAGAUUGUUAUUACGCAGUUCUUUUCACUAAAACAAAGUGGGGCGGAAACCGGCCUAGGCUUUAUUCUCCUCCUCUGAAAGGUUUUCUCAUCAGUUAAGUCUGAAACCGUGUCAUGUUUCCUUCUUCAAAGUGCUUUACAUGUAUGCCUGCAUUAAUUGUCGGAAAAUGUGUGAUUUUAAUGGGAAUGAUGGUAUUCAUAUUCAUGAUAACGUGGGAGAUGUGAUAAAUAGCAGUUGAUGCAGUGUCUGGUAUUACUCCAAUGACCGGGGUGAGAGUCUGGAAUGCCAGGCCUGUUUUUUAUCAGCGUCUCAGAGUAGGAGUGCUGAUCUAGGAUGAGGCUUUCCCUGUCCAUGUAACCAUAUUCAUUGUGAUCUACAACACAAAAUGUAUCCUAGAUCAGCACUUCUACUCUUGAGAUACUCUGAGAGGCCCUGGUCUUUAUAUUGAAAAGAUCAGAUAGUAUAUUAAUAUAGAGGAGAUGAAAUACAGUGUUGAGGAAUUAUGUUCCUUAGUAAUUACAGGUAAAAUAGUAUGACGUUUGCGCUGGUUCAGGUUGUUACGUGCAGCUUGACCUUUCUUCAAGCCGCACCUAUCAGGUGUAGUCCUGUUGUGGCUCAGUUGGUAGAGCAUGACACUUGCAAUGCUAGGGUUGUGGGUUCAAUUCCCACGUGGGACCAGUAUGAAGUUGCUCUGGAUAAGAGCGUCUAAUAAACGACAAUAAGAAUAAUAUGUAACGCCCUGUACCGGAGCUAGUGACACAGGUUAUUCCCAUACCUAUGGACUUCUCUUAUAUUAUAUUUGAACACUGUCCACUGGUAAGUCCUUCCAUCCAUCCUAUGAUCCCAUUUAGCAGGUUAUGCAUAUCGUUUCCUGUAUGUCGUCGUUGUUCCUGGAUGUGUGUUGUGUAUCAACGCAUGUUUCUGGUUUUAAAUAGAUGUACAAAAUUCGAGAAGCACAGCCAAGGGGUUCAUUAUUAUCAAUGUCCUGUAUUUUUCUAUUGUAAAAAAUAUAUUUUAUCUCACCUCCUAAUUUGUUUAUAUAUAUAUAUAUAUAUCCAUAUAUAUGUAUAAAAAAAAAAUGGAUAUGACAUAAGAUAAUUGCCCAAUCAUAAACUUGAUCCUUCUGUGUUGUCUGCGGGAGGCAGCCAGCUGUCUAUGUUCCUAGGCCGCAGUGAAGUUCACUUUGCACACCUCUGAUGGACUAUUCACUCAUAUGUGCAAUCGUUUGUUGCAGUCCAUAUCAUGUGUCGGGGAAAAAUAUUAAGAGGCAAAAAAUACAGAUUCUCUAUGUGCCAAAUUGCUCUGAUUGAGAAAAAGUGUAAUACUGAUUGAAUAAAGUUUGCACCUGAAUGACC